AUGACAACAAACUCUGACUUAACUGGUGAUUCUGAUUGGAUGAUGGGGGAUCCUAUCAGCGACGAUGUUUUAAAAAUUGUGAUGUUUGUUAACUAUGGCGUCAUCGUCGGCGUCAUUAGCUCAACGGGAGUCAUUUUCAAUCUUGUCAACAUCGCUGUCUUUUUAAAACAAGGGUUUAGGGAUCCUAUUAAUAUCUCUCUGGUCGGGUUGGCCGUGGCUGAUACCGGAGGGUUGGUGUGUCUGAUAUGGAUGAGCCUGUGCUACAACCCUCUGGUGGUUGACAGCCUAGAGCGGUUGGACCUGGUUGGCAUUCAGCACAUCACAGCCGGCUGGCCUCACGUCUGCUUCACGCGGAUCACCGGCUGGCUGACCGUCUUCAUCACGUUCGAGAGGUACCUGUGCAUCGCUUUCCCGCUCAAGGUCAAGGCCAUCCUCACCCCGCGGCGAACGGUCAUCGUCGUGGUCUUGACCUUUUCUACCAUCCUCGCGUCUGCUGUCCCAGUGUACGUGGCUAUCCACAUCGAUGCCGUGUUCAACUUCAAAGCCAACCAGACAACGUUCACGAUUGUUUACAUACACGGCGGACAAAACCUGGAAAACGCUUCCAUGUUUUUGAGAGGUUACCCCUGCGAGUAUCGAAUACAUUUCUGCUCAACAGAAAUGAUGGAGUCGUCUGCAAAAGUGGACGUGAACGAGACGGCGUACGUGACGUCAGCAGGAAGUGACCCGAUCAGCGAUGACCUGUUACACCUGGUCAUGUUCAUCAACUACGGCGUCAUCGUCGGCGUCAUCAGCUCUAUCGGCGUCGCGCUAAACAUCAUCAACAUCGUCGUCUUUACAAAACAGGGGUUCAAAGACGCUAUCAACAUCCCCCUGGUCGGGUUGGCUGUGGCUGACACCGGAGGGGUGAAAGACCGACAGGCUAUCAUUGAUCACAUUUGA